AUGUCUGAAUUAAAUGAUUUGGUUGCUGCUCGCAUACAAAAAUGGAGAGAAAAAAAUGAUGAUAAGCCAAUAAUUGUAUUCGAUUUAAAGCAAACAGUAGUGCCGAAUGUAGAUAAAAGCGAAUUUAAUAUUCAAUUUCAGCCAUCAAACAAAGUUCACUCUCUCAAAAGAUAUAAGAAACAAUCUCACUUUCAGAAAGUUAUUCUCGAAAUUACAAAGCAAAAUGACUUUUCUCGCGUGAUUGGAAAUAAAAUAGAAGUCGAAGUUUUUUACCAAGCACCAUCUGGAAGUGAAUAUGAAGCUCUUUGUUCAAAUACACUAAAGAAAUAUGGUGAUCUUAUUAGAAUAUCAAAGGAUGUUCAAAUACCAAAGUAA